UUCUACUAACUUAGGUCUGAGAGAAAAUAAACAAAUUAUUUUAUAUAUAUUCUUUGGAUUUUAAAGUAACAAUAGGAGUUACAAUCAAUCAAAAAAUGGAUUUAUAUGACGAUAUAGACACAAAACCAAAAGCCUCCCAAAUAGAUGGUUGGUCCUCUGGAAUAAAAAUGUUGCAAACACAGUUAGCAAUUAAGAAAGCUGGUCUACCAAAGCCAAGAGAGACAUCAAAGAAACCGCUUAUGACACCUGUGGUCAACUUGAAGGCUAAAAAACUGCAAUCACCCGAAGAGAUUAUUUUAUCCAAGCACACCAGUGAAAGUAAACCGAUUAUUCAAGCGCAGCCGCUGGUACCCUCGUUGGAAAAUAUUAAAACUGACGAUUGGGAUUUUGUUGACGAGUAUGAUCCAUCUUGGCCCAAUGAGUAUGACAAAUUAAAAGAGAAAAAGAAUAGUUUGAAAGACAAGGGACGCGAAGAACGGGAUAGGGGCGAACGACCCAAUCGAGGAGACAGAGAUCGGGAGAGAAAGCGCAAUCGACGAAACUCGCGGAAUCGCGAAUCUCCUCCAGUUAAGUUUAGCGGCUUUGGCCAACGUAUUGCAGAUGAAGAUCGGUACAGUCCACCUUCCAUGGCCGCAUCCGGAUCAGGUAAAGGUGGUGUCACCAUAGCUCCACCUCCAUCACUGCAGGAAAUUUCUAUUGAAAAUGAUGGCGAUCCCUCCUCAAAUGUAACUAUACCCUAUUCUGCUACUUCAGUGGCUGCUAAAAUCAUGGCCAAAUACGGAUUCAAAGAUGGCCAAGGUUUGGGCAAGCAGGAGCAGGGUAUGUCCAUGGCUUUGCAAGUGGAAAAGACUUCAAAACGUGGUGGUCGCAUUAUACAUGAACGUGAUGUAUUCUUGCCUCCACCACAGCCUCCCGCAGCUGGCAAUAGUCCAGCUGCGUCUAGUCCAAUUGCUAACAUGGCUCCACCAGCACAAACAAGUACAGAGUCUGGAUCAAAUCCCAGUAUAACAGAGAUAAUGAAGGCACCUAGCAAAGUUGUUCUACUAAGGAACAUGGUUGGCCCCGGUGACGUUGACGAUGAAUUGGAACCCGAAGUUAAAGAUGAGUGCAACACCAAAUAUGGCGAUGUGAACAAGGUUUUAAUUCAUGAGUCUUUUGGAACAACACCUGAAGAUGCAGUAAAAAUAUUUGUUGAAUUCAAGCGAAUGGAAAGUGCCAUUAAAGCUGUGGUGGAUCUAAAUGGACGCUUUUUUGGUGGACGACAAGUACGGGCUGGAUUUUAUGAUUUCGAUAAAUUUCGAAACCUAGAAUUAAGUUAAGACAACACUAUGAAAGUUUAAACUAGAUGCGGAAUGCAGAAAAUUAUUGAAAUAUUAACAAAUUACGAUUAUAUUAUAUAACAAUUAAGAUUAAUAAAUACGUCGGAGCUCCAAAAAAUAAUGUCAUAGUUAAGUCUCCUGACUUAAUCAAACCUUA